AUGUCAGGAAGAACGACAACAACAGCCGCAGCAGGAACAGCUGCCAAACAAGACUUCACAUUUUUAAAAACCGGUCGCAUCAAUUUAACUAUUCUCCGUGAAUAUAUCAUUCAAGAAAUCAAGCGUUGUACAAAUCUAUUUCAUACAGAGAAAAGUCACCUACCAAAACAGUUCACUAAAGACAAAUGUGUGAUUAUCGAUGAUUCGAUCAAAAAUCUACUUGCACACGUUCAAGCUAUCGGAGAUCUGGGCGCGAGCGAUAUUCGAAUAUUCAAAGAACGUCAACAUGAUACAUCCGACUAUAAGGUAACAUUGUUUCUUGUUCGACCAAAAGUUGUUUAUAUGGAAGUCAUUGCCAAUAUGAUUAAAGAUGAACUUAACAAAUUAAAUGCUCAAAGAUCGAAAGGUGCAAGUCCAAAACAGUAUGGAAUUAUCUUCGUACCACGUCGUUCGCGUGUUUGCGAAGAAAAACUGAAAGAACAAGGUGUUCGUGGUGAUAUCAUCAUCGAUGAAUUAAACUUAGAUUUCAUUCCCAUUGAUACCGACGUAUUAUCAAUGGAAUCGAAUGAUUGUUUUCGUGAUAUUUACUUGAAUAAUGAAACCACAUCGUUAUUCAAUCUUGCCCAUGGUCUUAUAACAUUUCAGAAAUUAUAUGGAAUUAUUCCGAACGUGUUUGUCAAAGGUGAUAAGGCUAAACAGUGUUACGAUACGAUGAUGAGAAUGCAACGUGAAGUGCCUGAUAACGAGAAGAAGGUGCCGACACAAAUAGAAAAUAUGAUUCUAAUCGAUCGCACAACUGAUUUGAUUACACCGAUGAUGAUACCAGCAACAUACGAAGCUUUACUUGACGAAGUUUUCAACAUACAAUUCAAUCGGAUCGAAGUGCCAACAUCAACAUUUAGUGAGCAUUUUCGCGAAGCACAAAAGAUCGACGCCACCACUCAAGACAAAGUAGCUGUGCGCUUGCUAACCAGUGAUCAAUUGUAUUCCGAUACACGUUAUCUACACAUGAUCACUGUGGGUCGUGUACUUCAAGACGGUGCUCGUGCGCAGAAGCAAUUACGGAAAGAUUUCGAUGACAAAUUCUCCGGUUCAGCAUCAACAAUUCAAGGCAAGAAACUUGCUGAUCUACGCGAAUUCGUUACUCGCAUAUCCAAUCNUCCUUUACGUCAAUUCUAUUCAUACGAUAUCAGCAUCGGCAAUGCUUGCUGGGAAUUGUAUUGUCUCGAACAUGGGAUUCAACCGGAUGGACAGAUGCCAACAGAUUGUACAUUGGGAUCAGGUGACGACUCAUUUCAGACAUUUUUUGCUGAGACAGGAGCAGGAAAAUAUGUUCCGCGUACGGUUUUCAUUGAUCUCGAACCGACAGUUAUUGAUGAAGUACGAACGGGCACAUAUCGUCAAUUAUUUCAUCCUGAAACAUUAAUAUCGGGCAAAGAAGACGCCGCAAACAACUACGCUCGAGGUCGAUAUACGGUUGGAAAAGAAAUCAUCGACUUGGUACUUGAUCGAAUUCGAAAACUAGCUGAUCAAUGCUCUGGCUUGUUAGGAUUUUUUGUCUUUCAUAGUUUUGGUGGUGGAACCGGUUCAGGUUUUACUUCAUUGCUUAUCGAACGACUGGCUGUUGAUUAUGGGAAAAAAUCUAAACUUGAAUUUGCUGUUUAUCCAGCACCACGCAUAGCUACAGCAGUUGUUGAACCAUACAAUUCCAUUCUAGUUACACAUAGUACCUUUGAAAAUUCGGACUGUUGUUUUUGUAUCGAUAAUGAAGCAGUUUAUGAUGUCUGUCGACGAAAUUUGGAUCUGGAAAAGCCAACUUACACAAAUGUGAAUCGAAUUAUGGCACAAGUCAUUUCAUCGAUCACUGCUUCACUUCGUUUCGAUGGCGCAAUUAACGUUGAUCUAACAGAAUUUCAAACAAAUCUCGUUCCAUAUCCGCGUAUUCAUUUUCCUUUAACAACAUAUGCACCAAUAAUAUCAGCGGAAAAGGCUUAUCAUGAACAGUUAACAACAUCAGAAGUCACAUCAGCCUUAUUCGAACCGGGAAAUCAACUAGUCAAAUGUGACCCACGGCAUGGAAAAUACAUGGCUUGUUGCAUUCUCUAUCGAGGUGAUGUUGUCCCAAAAGAUAUUAAUGCAACUAUUUCAACAUUGAAAGCAAAUCGAAACAUUCAAUUUGUUGAUUGGUGUCCAACUGGUUUCAAAAUUGGAAUCAAUUACCAACCACCAACAGUUGUACCCGGCGGUGAUCUCGCUAAAGUUCAACGUGCUGCUUGCAUGAUGGCAAAUACAACUGCUAUUGCAGAAGCAUGGGCUCGCCUAGAUCAUAAGUUUGAUUUACUCUAUGCUAAACGAGCAUUUGUUCAUCAUUACGUUGGCGAAGGUAUGGAAGAAGGCGAAUUUAGUGAGGCUCGUGAAGAUUUGGCAAUGUUAGAAAAAGACUACGAAGAAGUUGGAGCAGAUACAGCGCCGGCUGAAGGUGAAGACGAAGGAGAAUACUAA